UGUCUUUCAUCAUUGCGGCAUCGUUGUUUGAAUAGUCAGAAAAGAAAGGACCAAUGCAGGCAACAAUGUAUCCAGUGGUUGUAACUAUCAUCAUUGGUUUUAACAGAGAUCUCUUUUUGUAUAAAUUGAAAGUUUUUCUCUGAAAUUCAUUGUUCCGGCUCUUCUAUAAUAAAAAAAAUAGUAAAAGGAUAUGUAAGAUAAAAUUAAAAAACAUCUUCAUAUACCUGUAUAUAAAUGUAUGUUCCAUCAAUGACCAACACAAGCGUAUCAUUUCCUCCACCCAUGAGUUCACGUGCUACUGUUAUUGUAUGAUUAUCUAUUAUCUGACGACGAGUAAUAUGCGAAAUUCCCAGGUGGUACGGAACGAAAUCUUUCAUUAUUGCUUUACGAGCAGUUCCAAUAGCGCGCGACACGGCGCGUUUAUCAGGUAACUCGAAUAGCAAAGCCAUUAACAUAUAAUCGAAAAAGACAUUUUGUAUCUUCGAAGUUACCUUCCAGUUCGCAGAAGAAAACUUUAUCCACGAUAUUAAGAGUACGAAUUGGACUCUUGAGCAAAUAUAACUUUUGAUACAUGGACUCAACAAUAGGUUCUAAUAUUCAGUAAAAUGGUACACAAAAUAUAUUUAUUAAUACUUCUGUUCAAUCGAUCGAAGAAGCAAACAUUUGAAUAAUCUGCGUAGUUUUGAGUAUUAAUGAAGUUUGAGAUCACUUCUUAGACAAAAUAUGCAGUUUAUUUUCAUCAUUAUGAUUCGUUUGUGGAUUAUUGAAAAAACAAGAAUAAUAUUACGUUUUCUUUUGUAACUUCUUCUGACCAAUCGAAUAAACUUUUUUUUAUGUUUAAAAUUUCACGAGGAAAGAUUUUCUUGUUCAAAUUUUCUUCAUUAAAAUUUUGAAAUAAAAAUAAUUGAUCCUCUUCUUCAAGGAUAAAAACAUAAACGGGUCACUAGCUGAUUAGAUUUACUAGUUAUGAUGCAUGCAGAGAAACAUUUUGAAAACAUUUGAAUUUCACAUUUUUUAAAUUGUUUUCUCGUCCAAGGUAACCUUAGAAGAUACAGAACGAAAAAAUAUAAGACAGUGAACUAAACGUUAAAAAUAUAACAAAACAUAGAAAUGAAGACAUGAAAUUAAAUCAAGAUAUAUAGUACUAUCUAUUCGCUUUUUUAUCUCCCUUAAACGGAUCAGGAACGAACUUCUUAGGCUUAUGAAAAAUUUGAAAUUAAUAAAUUACAUCCCGGUGAUAUUAUCAUUGCAACUAAUUUAGCUGGUAGAGGUACACAUCUAGAUACAUCUGAUAAAUUAGAAGAAAAUGGUGGUUUACAUGUCGUUACCACAUAUUUACCAACAAAUAUACGUAGUGAAAUGCAAGCAUUCGGUCGCGAACUUCUUGUCUAA